CAGAGCCGGGGGAAAGGUGGCGGCAGCGGCGAAGGCGAUAUGUUCAGGGGCCAGCGAGCCUGGUUCUGCCGAAGCGUGGGCCAGGAUCUGCAGGAGCUCUGGGUGGCCCGAGGCGGAGUGAUCUGCAGCGCUCGAGAGGCGGACUUUCUGUUCAGCUGUAACGCCUCGCACCCGGACACUGUGAGAAUAUAUCAAAGCUUUGAUUACAUGGAAGAUAAUGCUACAGUAUUUCAUGCUUAUUAUCUCUCAGCAAUAGCUAAUGCUGAUAUGAAAAACACGGUGCUUUUGGGUCACUAUGUCCUUCCACCUGCCUGCCUGCAAAAAGAAAUAAGAAAAAAAAUCGGUAGUUUUAUUUGGGAGCAGAACAAUCAUGUAAUGACAGAGAAGCAUGAUGAGGUAAAGCCAAAUGAAAUACAGAAGCUCAAGGAAAAUACUGAAUUAUUGACACAGCCUGGAAAAGAUCUAUCUGUAAGCACAAAAAAGCAUUUCUCAAGGACUCCAGUUACAGGAAAACAACUCUAUUAUCCUCUUCAGACUUAUCCAGUGAAUAACAUGGUAACAGGUUAUGUUUCUGUUGAUACAAUGAAGAAGUUCCUUGGUGAGCUACAUGACUUCAUUCCUGGAAGCUCAGGAUACUUGGCGUAUCACGUUCAAAAAGAAAUCAACGUCUUUUCUGCUGCAAAAAAUAAAUUGAAGAGAAAAUGCUAAAUUGGGUUAUCCUCUGCUCAUCUGUUUUCUAUAAAAUAUGUUAAAUAAUGCAUUGUUUAAUGUUAAUCUGUUUUAAAUUACGUGUUCUUUGUCUCAACAUUAAUUUAAAACUUUUUCUCAUUAGAAAACUUAGAACCAUUUUGGUCAGAUAAUAGAAGAUCUGUAGCAGGUUAUUUUGCCCUGAUUUGUAGCAUUAAGAAAACAAAUUGUAAAAUUAUAGUUUUUUCUUGUGUUGUAGUUGUUAUGGAAAUGUCCAUUCCAUUAUAAGUCUUAUAUUUGCCCCUCUCAGUCAAAAUGUUUCUUUUGGUUUAAAACUGCUAUAUAGUAAGUUCAAUGCCGCUAAAGCGUUAUAAACAUGAAUAUACUUCUGAUGAGAAUUUAAUUUCACAUAAAGUAUUAUGAAAUACUAUAGUAAAUUUUUAACUAACAAAGAAUAAUGAGUCACUUUUCUUUGCUAAAAAUUGAAUAGUGCUACAGUUUAGGAAUUGAUGUGUAAAAAAAAAUUAAACUUAAUGCUGUGUAGUUAUGACCAAGCUUGGCCAGGAGAAGGGUUUGAAAAAAUGUGCCUCCCUCCCUUCUUUGCACAGGUGCUGGGAGUGGAAUGUUAUAUAUAUAUGUGUG